GUAGCCUAGCUUCGUUCCACCCGCCCCAGCCCCCUCUCCUGACCGCACUUCCACGUCGUCUACCCCACGCUCUUUUUAUUCUACUCAUUCAAGACCUCUUCAUUAUGCUCGCUCAGCCUUGUAUGCUGGCCUUUGCCGCCCUGGCGUCCCUCGCGACCGCUGCCUCGUCGCAGCAAUCUCACAAUCGUCUGGCCAAGCGUGUCGCCACGGAUUCUUCUUUCCAACAAACAUACUACCAAUCCAAUUACAAGGAUGGCGCUCAGGCUCCAGGCUUCCAAGCAGGCGACUCGGAUGGCCAGACGGUCAUAAUCAACAGCAACAAUGGCACAGACAACAACUCGCCCGUCUCCACCUGCCCCAUCGCCUACAUCGGCGGUGCAGCAGUCGUAGGCUCAGAGGACGACGGCUGGGAAUCCAAGGCCCAGAUCGUCGGCUUCGACACCAAGUCGCUCGAGGUCGACAACAACAUCACUAUGCCAUACUACAUCGAGCGCAAGGACUACACCAAGGCCAAGCGCAUCAUCAUGGUUCUGCAGGGUAAGCCCAGAGAUGCGUGGCGAUACCCAAACUUGAUGCGAUACACGGGCAAAUGCGCGGUGAGCAACCCAGACUGGCCGACUCAGGACGAGGACUUCAUCGUUACCGCACCCAUCAUCUACAACACCAAUGACCUCAAGGCAGGAGGCGCUGCACCUACAGAUCUCGUCUGGAACGGCGGUUCGUGGGCGUCUGGAGGUAUCACAAAGGGGCCUGGCGAUGCGACGUGGACGACGUUCAAGGCCAUGGACUCGCUCGUUGACUUGUGGUUCAACCAGACGAUGUUUCCCGCCCUCACCUCCGUAGUCAUUGCCGGUCACUCUGCAGGCGCCAUCCUCGCACAGCGUUACGCCAUGCUCCGUCAAUCGACUUCUGGCCAAGACGAGAACAUCAAGUGGCUCAUCGCCGAUGCUGGCUCAUACGUGUGGCCAAAUGACGACUAUCCCGUCACCAAUCCGCCCGCGACCAAGGACUGCAAGAGCGACGGAGAUGCCUGCGACAUGGUCGCCUCGUGCAACACGACCAAGACGCAAUGGCCCUACGGCAUGGACGUCUCUGACCCUUCCACUAUGAACGUCUAUGGUCGCGACCGCGUCGUCAAGGACAAGCAAGGCGUCAUCGAUACCUACCUCGCCCGUCGUAUCCAGUACACCAUCGCAGAGCUCGAUGACGGGCAAGGCGACACGCACUGCGAGGCUCAGUUCCAGGGCGACUCUCACCGCUCGCGCGGCUGGAACUUGAUCAGCGAGCUGAGAAAGAUGGGCGCCACUGGCUUGACCAACACCACCGUACCCAAUGCGACGCACGUCGACGAGGAAGUCUUCAUCGACCCAGCGUCCCAGCAUUGGCUCUUCGUCGACGGCAUCAGCGAUGCGAGGAAUGGGACUGGUGCGGGUGGGUCAAAGUCAUCCAAGGGUGGGAAGGGUAAUGACUCGUCCAGCAGCAGCAGCAAAGGAUCAUCUGGCGCCGCCUCGUCACAGGUAGACCUUGCCGGCAAGGCUGUGGCCGCCUUGGCACUCGCCUUCACGGCAGCCGCUGUGUCAAGCGUGGGUCUCCUCUGAAGGCGAUGCUGGUUCUUCGCCCUCUGCAUGCGACGCACAAUGGACAGAUUCGGACUCAUGGCGCUCGUCAUCGCCUCGUGGACAUUUUCUCCCCUCCCUUCCCUCUUCACCGCUGCCGCCGCUGCGCCGCCCCACUUCAGGACUCGUCUGCCUCACGCUAUUAUGUAU